AUGUUCAAGGGUAUUCUGCCCAAGCGAGGGUCCUACUCGGACUUCACCAUGGUCACUGCGGUUGGUGACACCGCCCCGAACGGAAAGGAAAACAACCCGGAGGGCUCGAAGCGGAAGUCGAAGUCUAGUCCUAUGCAAACCCAGAACUCGAACAAGGAGCCACCCGAGGCCGUCGUGACUGAACAGGCUUUUGAUAAACUGCUGGAUGACCUGCAAAUCCCGGAUACUCUACGCCCCAAGUUAGCAACCAUGGAGUCGUCGGUUAAGGCUGCCAUGAUCAAGUCUUCACGUACGCUUUCCUCCCGCACACCCACCCAAAUCCCCACCGCUGCCUCCGUCUUUGAUGUCGCCGCCGCGGAGUCACGUGGACAAGCGGGAACGACGCGCAUGAUGCGCCAUACUCGAAGCAGCGAAUCGCUCGACAGCCCUCGCAAGCCGCCUGCAGAGCCCGAGCGGCCCCGGUCGCGGUUCGGUGUUCGUGCGAGGUCCAAGUCCCGCUCGCGCGCUACGAGCAGGUCUGAAAAUCCUUCGUCAAGCGAUGGUUCCGCGGCUUCACACCCAGCGAUGCACGCGCGAGGCGUGUCCUUCCAGUUCAGUCGUGGCUCAAACCCCUUUGCGUCCCAGGUCGACCUCGCGGCCACCGCUAAGGGAGGCAAGGAAAAGGAUGCUGUCGGGGCUUCCUUCACCAAGUACCCUCCCGUCAAGGUCGUCAGUACUCUGCUGAGUACUUCGAGCACCAUCCUAGACGUCGAAGUCGUGAAGAAGUUGCGCCUGCUCCUCCGUAACGAGUCCGCAAGCUGGACCGAAGAGUUCUUGGCCCGUGGGGGCUACGAGGCUCUGCUCACUCGCCUCAAUGAACUGCUAGAAGUCGAGUGGCGAGAGGAGCAACACGACGACCAAUUACUCCAUGCUAUACUGCUUUGCUUGAAAGGUUUAGGGACGUCGUCCAUCGGCUGCUGCGCCCUGCGAAGCGCAUCCCCGGCCCCAUGGACCCAGCUCAUGAGCCUUCUCUACUCGGACAAGAAGCCAGGCGACGUCGCUUGCAGGCAGGUCAUCGUGGAGCUGGUGAUGCUGUUGUUCGACCUGUAUCCCGCGAGCGCGCUACCUUCGUCCUCAACCUCCGCGCGAAGAACCGAAGCCUGGGAGUCCUCCGCUUCUCUCGGUCAAGGCAGCAACGUCCGCCAUAGCAAGCUCAUUCACCUGCCUGCUCCGCAUGCAUCUUUCUUCGCAUUCAUACGCGCUCUGCUACUCACUCCUGCUCCUCGAGCAGCUGAAGCCCCCGAAGUGCCGGUCUCUCCUCAUGAUUUUAUAGAAUCGCUGCAUAAGCCCCGUCUAUACAAAACAUUCUUGCAGGAGCUUAGCGAUGUAUGUAGGGACUACUUCUGGGUCUUCUGUCACCCCAACAACACCAUAUGGAACCUAUCCGAGGUCGACGAAGCACGUGUUGAGAAACCUAGAGCCCCCGGUGGCAUGACUGGUGGAGUUGAGUUCGAGGCUGUAGGCUACAUGACGCUUCAAUUCAAGCUCAUUAAUGCGAUUGCACAAGCCGCUCAUGAUCUCGGGAAGCCCAAAGAGCAUGAGUUGUCUGCACAUCAGUUCCAUGCGGACCUCUUCCUGUCGGGGAUCGAGAGAAUACUUCUGAUCGCGCGCAAGGCGUCAGCAACGUAUUAUCCGACGCUUCAUCUUGAGAUCUCGCGUUAUGUGGCUUGGGCAGGGAGGGCGGGCUUCGAAAUGCCGUGGACCCUCUCGAGGCUGGUCGGACUUCCUCCUACCGGAUGCUGCAAGCCCAGCGCACGGCCACCGACCACGCCUCGCGGGAAGAGCUCCGGGGCCCAUAAAACGCCCAGGACAGAGAAGUCCACCAGGGAUGCAACGAGCAGCAAGCCCAGCGUGCCAUCCUUGCCUGCGCCCAAAAUUGAUCCUAUCAAGUUCUGAUGCGGGCAAUGGCGGCAAUGCGAGGGCGGACUUUAUUAUAUUCAUGAUACGACGACCUGCGACGAUUCUAUACCAAUGCUUGAUCUGUAGGAGGCGACACACACCACGACUUACGCAUAUAAACUAGGUUUUUGUAAGCUGUAACCAUGUUCUAUCGCUAGAGGCUAUCUAUUAUUU